GGCGGCGGCAGCGGCGGCGGCGGCGCCAGCUCUUGUGCGUCCGUCUCCAAGAGAGUAUGAAGACAGCGUGUCUGUAGGGCAGGGAAGAUGGCGGACAAGCGAAAGCUCCAAGGUGAGAUUGAUCGCUGCCUCAAGAAAGUGUCCGAGGGUGUGGAACAGUUUGAAGACAUUUGGCAGAAGCUCCACAAUGCAGCCAAUGCCAACCAGAAAGAAAAGUAUGAGGCUGACCUAAAGAAGGAGAUUAAGAAGUUACAGCGGCUGAGGGACCAGAUCAAGACAUGGGUGGCAUCCAACGAGAUCAAGGACAAGAGGCAGCUCAUCGAUAACCGCAAGCUCAUCGAGACGCAAAUGGAAAGGUUCAAAGUUGUGGAACGAGAGACCAAGACCAAAGCUUAUAGCAAGGAGGGCCUGGGCCUGGCGCAGAAGGUAGACCCUGCCCAGAAGGAGAAGGAAGAAGUUGGCCAGUGGCUCACGAACACCAUCGACACCCUAAACAUGCAGGUGGACCAGUUUGAGAGUGAAGUGGAGUCACUGUCAGUACAGACACGGAAGAAGAAGGGCGACAAGGAUCAGAAGCAGGACCGGAUUGAGGGCUUAAAGCGGCACAUCGAGAAGCACCGCUACCACGUGCGCAUGCUGGAGACCAUCCUGCGCAUGCUGGACAACGACUCCAUCCUCGUUGACGCCAUCCGCAAGAUCAAGGACGAUGUUGAGUACUAUGUCGACUCGUCCCAGGACCCCGACUUCGAAGAGAACGAGUUCCUCUACGACGACCUGGACCUUGAGGACAUUCCACAGGCGCUGGUCGCCACCUCCCCCCCCAGCCACAGCCACAUGGAGGAUGAGAUCUUCAACCAGUCCAGCAGCACCCCCACCUCCACCACCUCCAGCUCCCCCAUCCCUCCCAGCCCAGCCAACUGCACCACGGAGAACUCUGAAGACGACAAGAAGAGAGGACGGUCCACAGAUAGUGAAGUCAGCCAGUCUCCAGCCAAAAAUGGCUCCAAGCCUGUCCACAGCAACCAGCACCCCCAGUCCCCAGCCGUGCCACCUACCUACCCCUCCGGCCCCACACCUGCCACCGCUGCCUUGAGUACUGCCCCCGGCAACAACGGGGCCUCCAGCCCUGCAGCGCCGCCCAGUGCCCUGGGCCCCAAGGCCAGCCCAGCCCCCAGCCACAGCUCAGGCACCCCUGCCCCCUAUGCUCAGGCCGUGGCUCCGCCCACUGCCAGUGGACCCAACACUGCCCAGCCCCGGCCGCCCAGCGCCCAGCCCAGUGGAGCAGGUGGUGGAGGCAGCGCUGGGAGUGGUGGUGGCAGCAAUAGCAGCACGGGAGGCGGCUCUGGCAAGCAGAAUGGCGCCACCAGUUACAGCUCAGUCGUGGCCGACAGCCCUGCGGAAGUGGCCCUCAGCAGCAGCGGGGGCAACAGCGCUAGCGGCCAGGCCCUGGGGCCCCCUGCAGGCCCCCACAACCCACCUCCCAGCACCUCCAAGGAGCCCAGUGCAGCAGCCCCCACAGGCGCUGGGAGUGCCGCCCCAGGCUCAGGGAACACCUCGGGAGCACCCAGCCUCCUGGUGCCACUGCCCGUGAACACCCCCGGCUCUCCCACACCCAGCUUCAGCGAGGCCAAGACAGCUGGCCCCCUGCUCAACGGCCCUCCGCAGUUCAGCACCGCCCCGGAGGUCAAGGCCCCUGAACCUCUGAGUUCCCUCAAGUCCAUGGCGGAAAGGGCAGCCAUCAGUUCUGGUAUUGAGGACCCAGUGCCCACGUUACACCUGACUGAGCGAGACAUUAUCCUGAGCAGCACGGCCGCGCCACCCACCUCCGCUCAGCCUCCCCUGCAGCUGUCCGAGGUGAACAUCCCGCUGUCCCUGGGUGUGUGUCCCCUGGGGCCCGUGCCCCUCACCAAGGAGCAGCUCUACCAGCAGGCCAUGGAGGAGGCCGCCUGGCACCACAUGCCCCACCCCUCUGACUCUGAGCGCAUCCGGCAGUACCUCCCCCGGAACCCCUGCCCGACGCCCCCCUACCACCACCAGAUGCCACCCCCCCACUCGGACACGGUGGAGUUCUACCAGCGCCUGUCAACCGAGACGCUCUUCUUCAUCUUCUACUAUCUGGAGGGAACCAAGGCGCAGUACCUGGCAGCCAAGGCCCUGAAGAAGCAGUCGUGGCGAUUCCACACCAAGUACAUGAUGUGGUUCCAGAGGCACGAGGAGCCCAAGACCAUCACCGACGAGUUUGAGCAGGGCACCUACAUCUACUUCGACUAUGAGAAGUGGGGCCAGCGGAAGAAGGAAGGCUUUACCUUCGAGUACCGCUACCUGGAGGACAGGGACCUCCAGUGACGCCGGCCCUGUCCCACCCUUCCCGCAUGCUGAUCCCCUCCCCUGCCCAGGUGAGGGCCCGGCCCUGAAGAUGGGGCCCGAGCCACGGGGCACCCCCUCCCCCAGGAAGCAGGGAGGGGGCCGGGAGGUUUUCUCUUCCUCUCAGCCCCACCCUGGGGGCCCGGGGGCGAGGGCUGCCCCCUCCUCUCCCCAAUGAGGGACAUUUUUUGGUAAACCUAUUUUCAUUUUGGAAAAUAUUUAUGAAUAAAUAGUUUUAUAUGA